AAUGAGCUGACCUGGCCUGGGGCCUGGGGCCGGGGCAGCACCUGCUAUUCCUGACGGUUGCUUCGGCGGGUGCAGCGGUCACUUCCUUUCUGAGCCAAAGCGAACGGACCGCUGGCCGGGCCCUGCGGCGCUCUCGGGCCCUCGGAAGCCUCGGGCCUUCUCUCUGUGCCAUGAGCCCACCAGUUCCACCAAUCGGAUCUCAAGUCAGAGCCCAGGGCCCCGAGGCGUUGGCUGAGAAUUCUGAGCUCACAAUCCUCCCUCCAUCCCUGGCCAUGAGGUGUUGAGGGCAGGGGCCUGGGCAUUCCAAAGUUCCACAAAGUGGGGCUUCUCCCCCCAGAAGAUUUCUGCCCAGGACACGAUGUGGUAGGAAGGGGAGGGGGGGAGGGUCUCGUGGUUGGUUAGACUAGCAAGCUGCCCACCAUCCUUCACAGGGUGUGGGGACUCCUCAGGCAACUGGCUGUUCAGUCGAGCAGAUGACUUCAUGUUGUUCCUGAGUCCGGCGACAAAGCAUGGUGAAUUAUUAUAAAGUUCUAGGGGUGCCUCGGGAUGCCUCGUCGGCCGACAUUAAGAAGGCUUACCACCAGCUGGCUUUGCAGGUUCAUCCCGACAAGAACCCCGAGAACCGGGAAGCCGCAGAGAAGAAAUUCAAGCAGGUGGCCGAGGCCUACGAGGUCUUGUCCGACGCCAGGAAACGUGAUGACUACGACAGUGCCCGAGGGAGCUUUAUCAGGAGGGAAGAGAAUGGCGAUACCAGCAGAGAGUCGGGUCGCUUCGAGGAAGAUCUGAUGUUCCAGAGGCCACACAGUGUCUUUCAGGACAUUUUUGAGGAGGAUUAUUCAGGGGAAAAUUUUUCAGGGGAUUUCUUAUCGCCCAACCGCGUGAGCAGCGCAGGGGGCCGGCGCCGAGCCCGGGCCAGGGGGCGGUAUCACACCUCCCUCUUCGACGUGGCCCCCAUCCUGGGCACGGGGUUCUCCACUUUUGUCACCCUGAGCUCGGGCAGAAGUGCUGGCUCGGCUUGGUCCUUCAUCCCGUUUGUGAAUAAUAGCAUGGGGAACUUCAGACUCGUCACCACCUGCAGUCAGAUAGUGAAUGGCAGGAGAAUCGUUACAAAGAAAAUUUUUGAAAAUGGGAGAGAGAGGAUCGAAGUAGAAGAAGAGAGGAUGAUCCAUUAGACUCCCCGGCUGCACCUGGAAAUCGAUGGAAAAUCCCUGCUGCUGAUGACAAGGAAUGAUGUGUUGACAGGACUUUCAUUAAAAUUGGGUCCUGCUCUGAAAAUCUACGAAUAUCAU